AUGGAAGGCCACUACGGAUGGCCCGAGGUGCGCGCAAUGCGCUCGCCAACGUCGUGGGCAGCGCAAAUGCUUCGUCUUGCUCAAGACGCCGAAAUAGGCGACCCCGCCGCGGCCAACAGUGGGGCCGCUAGCAGCGCAACCAACCUCCGCGAGAACAGCGUAACUAGCAAAAUCAAGUUCCACGAGAGUACCAACCUCGGAAUUUCAGCCGAGAACCGCGAUCAGAAAGGUUACGAAGAUGACGGUUACGACCGCGAGCGAGGCGAUGACCAAUACGAUCACUACUUCGGACACGACCCCGGUCACGACCCCGGCGACCGCGACCCCGAGGACUCGGACGUAACAGUCGGGUUUUUCGCCGACCAAUUUGACGACCACGACCAGCCUCCUUUUCGGAGGGCGGCCUUCACGGAGCAUACGGCACCCGUGGAGGGAACCGCUUCUAAAAAACACGCGGUCGUGACGUGCAGGAACUAUAGAGACCACUUCGACACGAAGACAUCCCUCUAUAGGCAUUUAAAGGGAUGCACCCUAUACGCGCAACACGUCCACACCGGUGAGGCCACCGUGGCUAUCGGUGCAAUAUCAAACACGAGGAGGGUGUGCUUAGACUCCGGUUGCGUCAUAACCCUGAUCGACAGCGACCUAGUCAAGGAAUUGCGGGCGCAAGCCACACCUACUAAACCGAUCCUAGUCCAUGGCAUCGGUUCCAAGCAUGUUUCUUCCUCUUAUGUCGUAAUUGACACGUUUUACUUCGGCAAGGACAAUACCGCACAGAUCACCAUAGAAGCGUAUGUGGUGGACAAGCUCCGGGCAGGUCUACUUAUUGGCAUGGACGUCAUCGGCCACGAGGGCUUCCGUAUCGACACCGACAACCGAACCAUCCGCAUCGCCUCUUGCAUAGGGAUUACGAUCCCGAUCGACAUCCAAGUCAAAAGCCCCCCGGAAGCUCGCAUCGCGACUGCGUUAUCUACAGCGGUCCUAGCUAGGUGCAACGCUCGCAUUCUAGUGCUGCCGCAAGCCUCGCUGCCGCUAGGCGACUAUGUCUUUAAAGGACAUUAUCCGGCAUUAGCGUUUUACUUAACCCUGACAGACCCCAACCCUGCUUAG